UGCCAACCAUUGCUGAUGGUAUGAUGGUGUCAAACAACACAGCAUCCUUCUCCUCUGGUUGUGCUUGGAUCAGCCUUGUGACAGUAGAUAUGGCUGUCUCCUACCUUUACUUCCUCAUGUUCCCGAUUGCACUAUUGCUGAAUGGGGUAGCAGCGUGGGUGUCUUUGCACCUCCGGUCCACAUCCACUUUCAUAGUGUAUCUGAAAAACCUGGUGGCUGCUGACCUGCUCCUGACCCUGACACUCCCGCCAAUGGCAGCUAGCAUGCUUCCUGGAGCAUCAAUUGGGUUAAGGGUUUUUGCUUGCCGUUACUCUGAUGUCAUUUUCUACUGCUCUUUGUACACAAGUAUUGCUUUAAUGGGUCUUAUCAGCCUUGACCGCUUCUUCAAAAUUGUUAGACCAUGCGGCAAGCUCCUGGGACAAAAUGUGAUCUUCAGUUUUGUAAUGUCUACUUUGGUUUGGGUUGUGUUAUUUGGUGGUACAGCUGUCCCAACUAUCAUUCUAACAGACCAGAAUCCUGUUAAUAUAACAGAAGAUUUCUGUAUUUCCCUAAAGAGACCAGCUGGAGUGACUCUCCACACAUUUGUGGUUCUAUCUAUGGAGACUCUUUUUUGGUUUGUCAGCAUCGUGACUGUGUUUUGCUACAUCUGCAUCACCCUGAAAGUCCUACAUUCCUUCAGAAACUCUGGGAGCAACAACAGCCACGGAAAAAAGAAAACCAAGCUGAGAGUCUUCCUGAUCCUUCUUGUGUUUUCCGUGUGUUUUGUGCCUCUUCACGUUGUACGUGUUCCGGUAACAAUGAAUGAAGACAUCGAUGUCUGUAUUAAACUUUGGGUGAGGAUUGUCCAUCGAUUGUUCCUGUGGGUCUCUGCCACUAAUACCUGCCUGGAUCCUCUUCUGUACAUCUGCCUGUGCAGGGAGUACAGAGAGAAGCUGGUUGACAUGAUGAAAGCUCGAGGAAUCUGUGUCAGGUUAUAUUCAGGUAAAAAUACAGAUGAUUCAAAAUCGAAGAACAAUUAUUAGCCAUUAAAAAAAUAGAGAUAAAUAUAAUGUUCUCAGUCACACAUUAGGCUGUUGCAGUCUUUCAGCAUUUUCUGUUCUUUAUGCUGCACUGCUCUCUAGUGGCUGGAUCGUGAUUAGCAUCUGUUAAGAAUAAAGGUCUAAUGAUAGAGAGAAACAAGGUUGAAACCUACGAGAUACAACAUAUUGUAAACAUGAUGUCAGGGUUUCGGCAAAAAACGCACUAGGCAAAUGUAUUGCAUUGGAUUUUUCUAAAUU